AUGAACGAACCUGAACUCUUGAAAAGACUCAUAUUGGAAGCUGAUAGCUUGACAAUCAGACAAGGAUUGUUCCUUCUCAAUGAAAACGGAACGUUCAAGGAACUCCUGCCGGAUGCUAGGGAAUGUCUUGAGGAAGUCAUGAAAGAAAUGAAUUGGAUGGCUUCUUACAAGGUUUAUUUUUCAAUCCCAUAUCUGUUUACUGUUAAUAAUAAUAAUGAGUCAAGAACAAACAGUUCAGCUGAGGAUAUAAGUAAGUCUGACUCACAGUCUACUGCUCUCCCAAAAGGAUCUACCAGUAAGGCUGAUAACUAUUCAAGGGAUGUGAUUCCUCAAUGGACUAGGAAGAUCACAAAUGAAUGGCUUGAUUUAAAGUUUGGCCAAGUAGACAAGAAGUUUGAGAAUAUAUGGUCAGAAUGGGGUGUAUACAUUGAGAACAAUGAUAUGAAUAAUGCUCCUGAAGGACUCAAGAGAAUCCACCAAGUGAAAUCUAGUUUGCCAGGCAACAUAGUAAUGACAAAGGGCUGCCCAGAAGAUGAUGUAAAAGAUGCUUUCUUUUCCAAGAUUAAAUCAGUUUUGUAUGAAUAUCUAGCUGUAUUAAAUUUCAGUGGAGGGUCAAGAAGAACUGAGCUACUCAAACCUUUCAAAUCACGCCCAGACUUUUCUUUUAAUGACACGGAUGGUACUGAUAUUCGUUUCUUCAUUGAGUUCAAAAAACAUGGGUUGUUCAAUUAUGUGGAUGAGAAUGGUAUAAAAGAUAAUCACGAGAUGAACACGAUUAUGAAGCAAGCAUCAAAGUACAUGGUAUCCGCAGGAAUAGACUGUUGUAUAAUCUCAGAUGUCGAGGUUUCAAUUCUAGUCCAACUUGACUUUGAAACCAGUGAAGGCAAGACUGAGAAAAUAUUGAAAGCGAAAGGAAAAAUUGAAACAAUUGCAUUUGUGCCCUUUAAGUACUAUGUGUUCCACCCAAAUGAUACUGUUUAUACAUUCCAAGCAAUUUUAUGUUCAGUGCUUUAUGACCAAAAGCUCCGAGCUGGAGAUCCUAUUCAAAAGCAGAAUGUCGAAAGGUUAAAGGCUUUGAUACUUAAAGAGGACCCUGAAUUACGGGUGCCUAGAAGUGGUGGAAGCAGAGGUAGCUCUGGAAGUGAGAGUCAAAUCAGCCAUCUGACACCCCCAGGCUCUUCUAUGAUUUCUUAUACCCCAUUACGUUCAAUCGAUGAACAAGAUUCCAGCACAGAAAACAUGGACGUAGAUGAGAAUCCUAAAACCAAUGAGCAAAAGAGUUGGAGCCAGUACAAAGACCGGAUAUUCUACUUUAAUAAGGGAGAUUUCGAGGCUCUUCAACAGGGAGGGUACUAUCUAAAUACGGUAUUAAAAUUAAACAGAGCUGCUAUAGAUAGAGUUUUACCACAUUUGAAUAUUCCUCCAUCAGUUCCAUAUGUGAUUUUGAAAGUCUACGACUUGAACUCAUCGGAUAUUUACACUGAAUACCAUGAUUGGGAAAUCGGUUAUGAGGAGCUCAAAAGAUUUAUGGAGGAUAAAUUUAAUACGGAAGUUGAGUGUUACAUACGUACAAAUGCCUACAAUGAAAGUCAUCAUAAAGGAGAAUGUCUCAGGGUUCCUAAGAUGUACGAAUUUGGAGGAGGUUUUAUCAAAGAAGAUGGAGACUUUUUUUCUUUUGGGUGGUAUUUGAUACUAGAGUAUUUAGAGAAGGAUUCCAACCAUAAAUUUAGUUUAGAAGAAGCAAAAAACCAAGUAAAGCUUCUAGGAAGCAUGGGAAUCCAACACAAUGAUAUACACCCGAGAAAUGUAGUUGUGUCUCACAGUAGAUUUAAUCUCAUUGAUUUCUCGGAAGCCCACUUGGAUGAAAUUGAUAUUCACGAAGACUUGGAAAGCUUGGAGUAUGUUUGGAAAAAAACUUUGGAGCAUGUGUGGAAUAAGAACGUGGAGCAACCGCAGCAACUUCAAUCAAGUUUCGGAGCUCACGAAGAAGUACAGAAUCGAAGAAAAGUGGAACAGAUCAAGGAUAUGAACUAUUCUGGGGAUCUGGACAAGGAGAAUCGUACUAAGGAAUAG